AUGCCACCUGAGGGGGCAAGGGAAUGGCAUACUGUUGACAGCCAUUGGAUUAGACCCGAAGGAUCAGAUAUUUCCCAUUGCAUUUGCCGUUGUAGUCGUCGAGAGUACAGAGACAUGGAGCUGUUCCUGGAGUUUUUAGUCAAAGAUUUGGAAAUCACUAACUCAAGCAAGUGGACAUUUCUAUCGGAUAGACAAAAGGGGUUGAUCAAUGCGGUACGAAGUUGCUGCCAUAUGGCCGAGCACCGCUUCUGUGUUUGGCAUAUGCAUAAUAACUUCCAGAAGGUGUUCACCUCGACAACGUUGAAGGACAAGAUUUGGGAAGCCGCUCGUGCGAUGACUGAAUAUGCCUUCGACAGGGCCAUGGAUGAAAACAAGCAACUAAACUCUGGAGCACACAAUUGGCUGACCACACAUACUUCGAAAGAGCACUGGAGCCGAGCCUUCUUCGGUUUUGAGGCCAAAUGUGAUAUACUCGUGAAUAAUAUUUCGGAGUGCUAUAACCGGGUUUUACUUUUUGCACGUGAUAAGUCAUUAUAUGGUAUGCUGGAAUGCAUCCGUAUGUAUCUGAUGGACAAAUUCACAACCCGGGGAAAGAUGGCUCAAAGGCUCGAGGACUGUGUCGGCCUCAAGAUACAUAAGAAGAUCGAGAAGUUGAAGAGCAAAGUUGGAGACUGUAUGGUGAGGGAGACAGGUGAAUGGCUGUAUCAAGUGAAUACAAAAUUCAAUGAACAAUUCGUGGUCGAUCUAAGGGACCGGACUUGCAGCUGUAGGCGUUGGAUGCUGACGGGGCUGCCAUGCCCACACGCAUGUGCUGCCAUCCAGUUAUCAUCAAAGACCGUAGAGUCUUUCAUACCUACUUGCUACUCAACGGAGACGUUCCGACAGGUCUAUGCAGGUGUGAUCUACCCGGUACAUGGACCGGAUAUGUGGCCGAAGACUCCACACCCAGAUAUUGUUCCACCAGACCUUAGAAGACUACCAGGACAACCUAAGGGAUCAAGGAUGAAGUCGGUUCAAGAGCAGGCCGAGAUACUCAAAGCCAAAGCAAAGACAACACGAUUAGCCUGUCUCCUUGUUGAAUUCCGAUAG